CAGCUAUCACUCUCCCAUUCACUCAGCCCACGACCAAUGUCAUCCAUCGCGCGGCCACCAGACCCAUGCCUGGUGGCAAUCAUCCUAAUAGUUCGCUCCCGAGCCGGUCCGCGCUUCGUCUUCCACUAUCCUCCGAAUCCACUCAGCGAGAACGGCCUUCGAGGCGCGCCCAAAGCGCGACGCCCCUCGCGCACGAAAUCCAAAAGCAAUGAUUCCAGCUCCAGCGAAGACAGCAGCUCCUCCUCGUCUUCCGAAGAAGAUGAGGCCCAACCACCGAAUCCAGCCCCGAACCCACCGAAUUCAAUCCAGAACCAACCGCAUAUCGGAGGGUGUCACCCCAUAACGGGCAGACGGUUGAGUAACUUCGGCCUCGACGAUGGAACCAUAUCCGGUUCGCCGGGCGGGGAGUCCCAGCGUGCGGGCUCGGUAGGAUCAGGAAGGGGAUUGUUGAUGAUGCGGAAACGAGGGACGAAUUCUGAUGCCGAGGACGAUGCCGGCGCUGCGUCGGAUAGACAGGAGGAUGAGGCGGGACCGUAUCGCCCGCCGUGGGAGUCGCUGUUGGGGCUCCCUGCGGAUGUCUGGGAGAAGCUGUUGAGUCCGUCGCGAUCGUGGCAUAAGCGGCGGUUUGAGGUUGGAAUCAAUGAUUUGGCGUUUGUGGGGUGGCCGGUCUUUGUCCGGGAGGAUGGGACGUGGAGGAAACAAAGGAGGAAGAAGAGGAAGCCUCGUGCGCAUUGGGAGGGGGGAGAGCUGGGGCAUAAUGAGAAUCCUGGGGAUGAUGCGGAGGAUGAUGCGCGUGAGGGGAGUGCGGAGCUUAUUGCUGCUUCUACGGAGACUUUGAGUCCGAAGCAGAUGGCACCUUAUGAGUCUCAGAGGGCGUCGAUGCAGAGUGUCAGGUCGUUUAGGACGCUAAGUGAGGCGUUGGAUCCUGAUGAUAAGGAUUGCAUGACUAUGUUCAAUGUGGUGUUUGUGUUGGAUCCUCCUUUGUUGGAGUAUUCCAUGCGACUAAGGGAGAUUUACGACAACAUCAUCAAGAAGUUCUCGAAGGCACUGAAGUGGGAGCAGGCCCGGACGGAUUAUGUGUGGAAGGAGGCGCAGCAUAUCUCACAUAUUAAGGAGAAGGCCAAGGAGAAGCGGAUGUCUGUUAACAGCCUCUACUCGGAGCUGAUCAACCAGUCCUCUCUCGCAAGAGCUAUCUGCACGGUGUUCACCAGUAUAUCGGCGUCCAAGAUUGCCUCCGUCACAUUGAAUGCAGACGUGUCCAUCUCACUCCAGAUACCACCUUUAACGUCAACGCCAUGGCUUCCUGGUCCAACUGACAAGGCAUAUCCGGGACUCUGGCUUACGACUGCAGAUAGUGUCACUCCAGUCGACGAUCCCACCGCUGACGAGAACACCGCGCCCCACCAGGUGCUCGCCAAACACUUCGCCCUCUUAUUGCUGGACAAUGAAGCAGCGAUCCUUAAAGAUGUAGAAGCAUCCGGGGGUGCUCUGGCUCCUGCACUUGCCCACUAUAUCCGAUGCUCGAAGCCAACAAAGUCGUUUGCGCAGAUAUCUGUAUCAUCCGGCAUACCGCUCUCCACGAUCCAAAUGCUGGCUAGUCAUCUUGUGUACUGGAGAAGAGCGCGCGCCAUUCCCCCACUCCAUCAACGGGAUACUUACGUCGUGUCACCAAACUGCGACCUAAGCAAGCUGGAGGUAGCCACGGUGGCUUAUCAGGCAGCGUUCCCGACGCUUCCCAGCCUCCCCAAGAUGCUAUCAGCUAUGAGCGGGACUCCCAGACCCUAUGGAAGCUUUAUCCCCAGCAAAGACCACAAGGACACAUACUUCUCUAUAUUAGCGUGGCUAUUGCGAGGUGGCUGGGUCACUCAAUUGCGCGCCUUUGCGAGAAUCAAGAUAAGCCCCGAGAUCAAGAUGGCUGUGGAGACGGCCCUUCGGCAGGAAGAGGUGGACAAAUAUCUGAUCAAGAGGGGGUCGAUGCCAGACGCUGAGCAACAAGACAAUAUUGAUGAUGCCAGCUCGUCGUCAUCGUCAUCACUCGAAAGCCACGAGAGCGGCGAGGAAACCCCAAUGCCAGGGCGAUAUAAACGGGACAACGAGCUCGACCUCUCCCAUUCCUUACUGGAUCGGAACACCUCUUUGAAGACAUCGUCGCUGAUUCUCUACCCACACCGCGCCUCACCAUUGGAAUCCCGAUGGUUAGAGGAGAUCAUGUCGCGAUUCCCCGAACUCAAGGGCGAUGUUCCUGACGGGGACCUCGAAUACGCGGGUCUUCAAACCUCGCUGAAGAAGUACUGGCCGACCUUCACCAAAUACUUCAACGGGUAUGAUGCACUCGAGAAGAUCCCCGUACGAGAGAACCUGAAGCGCAAGCUAGUCUGGCAAAUCCUCAUGCGCUUGGGUUUAGUAACAGGCCAGCAGUCAUCCAUCCCACUGGAUCCAAGAGAGCAAGUCCUCGUCAGCGUCAGACAUUGGUAACAACACGACCCAUGCAUGAUUUAUGUCCCAUAACGCGAUCAAAUAAUAUAUAUGUAUAUAUAUACAAAGACAAGCACCUACCCAACAAAC